AUGGCUUCCAUCCCUUCCAGCGGCUCGCUCAUGGCAACCCAUGACUACUAUUGGCAACGCCUGAGCUCCUCAUACAGCAACAGCUCCUGCAGAAAUGCCGAGUACCCGGGAGAUGCUGUGCCCCAGUCCCCGGGUCUCCCCAAGGCCGAUUCCGGCCACUGGUGGGCCAGCUUCUUUUUCGGGAAGCCCACCCUCCCACUCAUGGCCACAGUGUUGGAGUCUCCCGAGCACUUAGCAGAGUCCUCCCAGAUCCCCAAAAGCCUGAUCACCCAUGACCAGGCUCCUGAAACCAUGAAGAAGCAGCCAGUCAUCCAUCCUGGCCAGACUAACACCAGGGCCCAGUCCUGA